UGGGCGCUUCAUGAGUAUGAAAGGCAUAUCUAGAGAGGAAAGGAGUCAUCAUAGAGGGUUUGAGGAGGAGGUGCGCGAGUGUUUGCCUCGGUUCUCUUUCUGGGUGAUAAAAAAUGGCAGAUGGUCAUGAAACUGACAAGAACAUCGAGAUUUGGAAAAUCAAAAAGCUUAUCAAGGCAUUAGAGGCUGCAAGGGGUAAUGGGACAAGCAUGAUAUCACUGAUUAUGCCACCACGUGAUCAAAUCUCUCGAGUCACUAAGAUGCUGGGCGAUGAAUAUGGAACUGCUUCAAACAUCAAGAGUAGAGUGAAUCGGCAGUCUGUUCUUGGUGCAAUCACAUCUGCUCAACAAAGGUUGAAGCUGUACAACAAGGUUCCUCCGAAUGGACUAGUUCUGUACACUGGCACUAUUGUUACAGAAGAUGGAAAAGAAAAGAAGGUCACUAUAGAUUUUGAGCCUUUCAAACCCAUCAAUGCAUCGCUCUAUCUUUGUGAUAAUAAGUUUCACACUGAGGCAUUAAAUGAACUUCUGGAAUCAGAUGACAAAUUUGGUUUCAUAGUUAUGGAUGGAAACGGCACACUUUUUGGCACAUUAAGUGGUAACACAAGAGAGGUACUUCACAAAUUCACGGUUGAUUUGCCAAAGAAGCAUGGAAGAGGUGGACAGUCAGCACUACGAUUUGCUCGUCUUCGGAUGGAGAAGCGUCACAAUUAUGUUAGGAAAACAGCAGAGCUUGCUACCCAGUUUUUUAUUAAUCCAGCUACAAGCCAGCCAAAUGUUGCUGGACUAAUUCUUGCUGGAUCCGCUGAUUUUAAGACUGAGCUAAGCCAGUCAGAUAUGUUUGAUCCCCGUCUUCAAGCCAAAAUACUGAAUGUGGUUGAUGUGUCAUAUGGUGGAGAGAAUGGUUUCAAUCAGGCCAUUGAGCUGUCGGCUGAGAUUUUGUCGAAUGUGAAGUUUAUUCAGGAAAAACGCUUGAUUGGGAAAUACUUUGAGGAAAUUAGUCAAGACACUGGGAAGUAUGUCUUUGGUGUGGAUGACACUUUGAAAGCUCUUGAAAUGGGUGCCGUGGAGACUCUGAUUGUGUGGGAAAAUUUGGAUGUUAAUAGAUAUGUGCUAAAGCACAGUGUAUCAGGGGAGAUGGUCAUAAAACAUUUGAACAAGGAUCAGGAAGCUGACCAGAACCAAUUUCGUGAUCCAGCUGCCAAUGCUGAAUUGGAGGUGCAGGAAAAAACCUCACUGCUGGAGUGGUUUGCUACUGAAUACAAGCGAUUUGGUUGCACUCUAGAGUUUGUCACAAACAAAUCACAAGAGGGCUCACAAUUCUGCAGGGGAUUCGGUGGCAUUGGUGGCAUCCUUCGUUAUCAGCUUGAUAUGAGGACAUUUGAUGAGCAGUCUGAUGAUGAAGGCUACAAUGAUUCUGAUUAGCAAUCAACUAAUCAGUUCCCUGGAGAUGGUCCAGGGGCAGCUUGUGUUGGACAUAUCGUCUCCGCCCCUGUGACCUCAAUGAAGUAAUACAAGUCUUCAACAAGUUAUUAAUGGUGAAUGGACAGAGAAUGGGCAAGAAGUGAAGUCCAUAAAGCUUGUGGGUGAAAUCUUGAAGAUUAAAGGUUUACAUCAGUUACCUGUGCCAAGGUUGAUCAUGUAUUUUGUUCUAGUACUCAGGUUAAGUAUAUGCUACAUUUCUUUCAAAAGUUCUGCACCAACUAUUAAUUAUAGGAUGUACAAUGUCCAAUCCUAGUGUUUAUGUGGAGAUCUUUUUGUUUGUCUGGGUGGUGAUGGCAGUUAUUGUGACUGUUGAUUUUGUUCAGACCAAGUCAUUUGCUUCUGUUGGAGUGACUCUGUUUUGCUUCUGUUGUCCAAUUUUCCAAUUGAAUUGGCUACUAGGAUCUUCUUAUAAAGUAUGAAUGAUGGUUCUUCAGACUGAUCA